UAUUUCAAUGUUAAAAAGUCAACAAGUUGAGGUCAAGGGUCUUCAAUCUUCUCUUUGUAUUAGUUUUAAUUAUUCUCAAGCAAUUAAUUACUUUGUGACUUUUUCUUGGGUUUGAUUGUUCUCUGUCUCUUCUGUCCUUGUUCUUGGGAAAUGAUUUCAAAGUUGUUUCAUCUCUUGGUUUUCAUCAACCUCUCCAAUUUAGUUUCUUGUGACCAACAUGAAAACUCAACUCAUUCUGCAAUCACCAUACCUGAGUUUCCACUGAAUUUAAGUGUUCAAGAAUUCGAAAAAUUAUUGGAUGAAAUCACAAUAGAAAAUUUGGAGGCUUUAAACCAGAAUCUCAAUGGUUCUCCAAAUUUCUCUCGUCAAAAACGUGGUCUCAGUGGAGAUCCAAACUAUCAGCCGAGUGAUGAUUUCUUCAAAUGGUACAACGACAGUUUAAUUGAAUGUCGAGAAUCGCUGAAGAAUCUUGUGGAAAUUGAAACUCUAAAGCAAAUGCUCAACGAUGUCUUUUACAUCGACGAUCAUAACGGUAUCCAUUUGAAUGGAGAUUUAACAUUUGACUCUUUGAGUAUAUUGGAAACUCUUGAAACCCCUGAUGUCGUGAGUGAAGAUGGACUUUCUCAUGGAGAGAAAUUCAAUCGAAAAUUUGAAACAGUCGCUAGCAGUUUGAAUACUAUUGAGCAAGAAGUUGUCAAGUUGAACGAUCUUCUUGUAGGUGCAAUGAAAACCAAUGGGAAUCAACAAGUUUCCGGAAACAUAACCUUCAAUCAUGCUUAUUUCGAUUGUGGAGACGUUGGUUGUGAUAUAAAGUCCAUCAACACAUUUACAUUUAAUGGUCGCAAUGUUGAAGAACUGUCAUCGAAAGUUAUCCGUUUGAAUAAGGAUGUUACUCUUGCGGAAACUUUCAAUUUUUCCCAUUUAGUUGUUGAUAAUUUGAAUGUUGAAAUCAUCAAUAACAUUGACACUGCCGAUAUUGUAACAAGGGAUCGAGAUCAUGUAAUCGUGGGAGAGGUCAAUUUUGAAGGUCCAGUGCGAGUUAAGCAAUUGAAUGUCUCUAAAACGGUAAAUGGACAUAAAAUCAGUCGAGAGACUGUUCUUACUACAAGUGAUUCUCAAAUCAUAACUUCGCCCGUUACAUUUUCUCAUGACAUUAUUAUCAAAGAUCUUAAUGUUGAAGGGAACUUGGCUCAGAUUGGACCAGAUAUUGACACUUUUCUUUCCAAUGUGGUACAAAUUGGUGAUAAUCGUAUUAUCACCGGUAGAAAAACAUUCAAUGAUGUUGCUGUUGACAAUCUUUUUGUUGAAGGUGACACAAUCAAUGGAUUCAAUCUCACAGCUCUCAGUCGUCAUUUGCUUACUCGCGAUGAUCCACAAACCAUUCAUUCAGUUGUUAAUGUUAAAGAAUUGACCAUAAAUGGUAAUAUUCAGGUUGACACGAUUAAUGGUAAUAAAUUGGAAGAAGUUAUUGUUCGUCGUCAUGUACCGACUUUGAUUAGAGGUGACAAAGUUUUCGCUGGCCCUGUUCACAUACGAUCCAUGGUGGUUGAUGGUUACAUAAAUCAUCAUCCAAUUAUCAACCGAUCUCUUGGUCUCCUGUUGAGAAGAGGCCCGCAAGUGAUUACAGGUCACAAGGAUUUCUUAGAUAUUGAAGUAAAAAAUGUGUCACUACUUCAUGGAAAUGUUGGUCCACUGAGUUUCGAAUUAUUGAAAAGCAAAGCAGAAAGAAUGAUUCAAGGGGGUAAAGAUCGUGUUCUAUCGGGUCCAAUCGAGUUAGAAGACAUUACAGUCGAUGGAACAAUAAAUGGAAUCAAAUUAACCAAUUUAAUGACCGACUAUUUGCGCGUUAAUGAAACUGAGAUCCCUAAUGUUAAUUUAAACAUUGCGAGAGCAAAUUUUCAAAAGUCUCUACAUUGUGACAAAAUCAAUGGUCUCAAAUUUCCCGAUGACUUCAUCACCACAAAUACUGAACAAUUCAUCAAUGAUAAUAUUCACCUCUCGAGUAAUUUAGUGAUUACAUCAGCGUUGAAUCUAACUUAUGUUAAUGGGUACGAAGUUAAUGCUGCUCUUUGGGACUCAUUAACAUCUUCUAGAGACCAGAUAAUUACAGCGACCAAAGUAAUUAACGGUAACCUUUACGUUAAAAACUUGAAUGUGACCUCUUUCAACAAUAUGAACAUGAGAGAUCUCGUCUUGCUGAAUGGGAAUGGAAUCAUUUUAGGAAACAAGACUUUCAGCUCGAUUAAUGUGGUGGGUCCAAGUUCAGUUGACUCUAUCGAGGGUGUUAAAGCGAUCAAUUCGAUCUCAUUUGAUGAACUUUUCAGUAAUUCAAUCACCAAGAGAAAUUACCAAACCAUUUCAUCAAACAUUCAUGUGAAAAAGCUCGUUAUUCCAAUGGGCACCAAUAUAGAUGUCAUCGAAUUGGCAGGAAUGAAGCUUGAUGACAUUUUAUCUUCGGUGGUUUAUCUUAAAUCCAAUAAAACCCAAAUAAUUAAAGGAAGAAAAAGAUUCACCUCUCAAGCGAAUUUUGGUAAUCUAGUAUUUACUUCAAGUUUCGCUGGCUACUCGAAAGAUGAUUUUACUAAGAAUUAUUUAACGCGAACUCCAUCUGAAAUAAACGCUGAUAUCAGUAUAGAUUCUGAUCUAUUCAUUGAAAACGAUCUAAUUGUAACUGGAAGAAUCAACGAGUUAAAUAUUGGAUCAACGUCUCGACAGUUUCCAAUCAACGAUAAACCAAUAGUUAUUACUCGGCCGAUGCAAUUUCGUCAUGUUAGAAUCAUAGAUGGAAAUGUCGAAUCAUCAACAAUUAAUGGAAUCAAAUUCGGUCAAGAAAUGAUCACUAGGAAAUCAGCAAUUAACUUUAUUGGAGAUGCUUCGUUUGCUCAUGGAUUAAAAGUUAAUAAUCUCACUGUUUCGUCAAUUAAUAAUGUCACAAUCGAAGGACCAGUUUGUAAACCAAUUCAAGAUGUUUUCACGAAACCUUAUUCGCUAACAAUCACUGGUAAUGUUAUUGCCGAACAACCGAUUCAAGCAGGAAAUGUCAAUGGUCGACCAUUCAAUCGCUUAACUACCAACUUAAUCAGAGGAGUGAAAAGAUUCAAUAAACUUAACAUCAAAGGGCCGAUUAACCUGAAAGGACUGCUGAAUAAUUUCCAUGUUGAUUAUCUACAGAAAACAUAUCUCAGUAGAACUAAGAAUCAGACAAUUGAUUCCGAAGUGAUAUUGAGAAAUGCGACAUUUUCUGGUCCAGUUUAUAUCGGUGGUCAUUUAUCAGGUCGUAAUGUUCUAACUAAUGGUAUUGAUAUUCUGCGAGCAUCUUCAAUGAACUUACAAAGUAGAGGUGAUCAAAACAUCGAAGGCAAUUUUUAUUUCCCUGGUCGAGUUAUAUUCCGUAAAGGGUUAGUUAAUUCGCCUGAGGUCAAUUUCAAUGGAAACGAUAUCAACUUCCCUCGUAGUGUUUUCCUUAAAGAUAAACCUAAUAAGGUCAACUCUACAUUAAUUUACGGAAGUCUUCAAGUCGAUGAUCUGAGGACUAGUAAACGUUCAAAUCUACUCCAUGAUUUAAAUAAUCUCAACCCGAUAAUCCAAUUCUAUGGUUGGAAAAAUUUCACUUCUCUUGAAAUUGAUGAUCUAGUCGUUAAUUAUAUCAACGCAAUUCCAGUAUCUUCUUAUCUUCGCAAUGAUGCCGAUGCAAAUAUAAACGCAACUAUCGCUUUUAAGGGUGACCUCGUAAUUAAGCCAAAUUUAACUGUUUUUGGUUCGGUUAAUGGAAUCAAAUUGCAAAUUUUGGGAUCAAAACUCGUCCAGAUUGGUGGAAAUAACACAAUCGAAGCACCAAUAAAGUUCAAAUCUGAACUGAUUGCCCGUUCAAUGGAAUUACCUGGACCAUGGAGACGUGAUGUAUCUGAAUCAUUAAGGGAAUUGGAAAUUCCAAAGAAAUUAAGGUCACUCAAAGCGAAACUUUUCUUAAAUAGAGGAAAACUGAACGACAUCGCUCAAUAUUUGGAAAAGCAGAAAAACUCGAAAAACGAAACAAGUUUAGUGUGAAAAUAGCACUUAAAGUCUGAUCCAAAUCUCCAAUUAAUUCAAAAAAUUUGUUAUCUAUUUUUAAUACUUUGGUUAAUUUUUCAACUAAUUUAUUAUAAUUUAUUGAAAUUGUUUAUUCUCAUAAUUUUAUCCAAUAGAAUGUAUUUAAUGUUGAUUUCUUUUCAAAAUUUCACUUACAAAAUUUUAAUGUGUUAAUAAAAUGGUUUAACUAUCGUUUAAAAUUAGAA